UAUAUACAUGAAUGGUCACUUAGUACUCCAUACUGUCCAAGAAAAAAAAAAAGGUACCAUGAGUACUGAAAACUACCUAAAAUUAAUACUACUCCAAAUUUUAUUCUCCUUAUCUUGCCUAACAACCAGCCAACAACCUGCAGCACCAUCCACAACUCCAAUGACUCCCACACCUGUGCAAGACAUUGAUGGCCAUGAGCUACAAAUUGGCUCAAAAUACACAAUUUUACCUACUCAAAAGGGAAGUAGUGGAGGAGGUGGUGUGCUAGCACUAGCACCUAAAAACAGGCCAUGUCCAUUUUAUGUCUUGCAAGAAAAUCUUGAAUCAUCAAAUGGCCUUCCAGCAAGAUUCAUGCCAGUUGACAAUAAACAACAAGUCAUAAAUUUAUCAACUGAUCUAAACAUUGUGUUUUUUGCUGCCACAAUUUGUGUUCAAUCCACUGCGUGGAAGGUCGGUGGCGCAGACGAGAUAACAGGCCGGAGGUAUGUCAUGAGUGGUGGCAUGACUGGCCGGCCGGGCCUUGAAACAUUAAGCAAUUGGUUUAAAAUAGAGAGGUAUGGAAAUGGGAGUUAUAAUAAUACUAAUAAUAAUCGGAAUUAUAAGAUUGUGUUUUGUCCAGGAGUUUGUAGUAAUUGUAAAGUAGUGUGUGGGAAUGUAGGUGUUUUUAAUGAGAAUGGGAAGAGGUGGCUUGGGUUGAAUGAUGAACCACUUGUUGUUAGGUUCAAGAAAGUGUUGAAUUAGCUACCAAGAAGUUGAACUUUAAUUAUGUCAUACUUUUUCACAA